AGGGAGAGUUUCUCCAUCAAUUUUUUGUUUAAUGUCAGCGCUUUAGCUCCAUUGUGGGAGCGAGAGGACGCGUCAUCCGGGCAUAAAUUUGCUAUUAUACAAGCUUCACGGAGACUCACAUCCAGAAGAUCCUGCCGCUUGUAGACGGGAGAAAUCCCUCGGUGGGUAAAUACGGCAAAAAAGAGUUAACAUUUUAAAGCUGGGCGCUUUGGGGGAACAUCUGUUUAUUAGGACAUGACGGGGACUCCGUUUCGACCCUGCAAAGCCAAAACCGCGCUCAAUGCGAGGCGAGCACGAAGUUCAUAAAAAGGGAUUAUUUGCAUCUGGGUGCCUGAAACCUUCGGUGCCUCCGGAUUUUACUUUGGGAUUUGGGAUUUAUCGCUUCUCAUCGGGAUGGAAAGCCGAGAUUUCGCUCCUCCGCACCACCUCCUGACGGAGCGGAGCGCCUUGGUUCACAGCGCCGCGUCUCGGAUGGCGCCAGGCGGACACGGAUCCGUGCAGCACCCCGCUCACUUCCAGCCCGGGAAAUAUUACUCAUCCCACCUUUCCAUGGGUCCGCACUCAGGUGCCUCCUUCAUGGGUUCAUUCCUGGCUAGCAGCCUCGGGUCCCCGUCCUCCCACCCCACUCACCCCUCAGGACCUGCUGCCUCCCCUUCUUCCCCCUCCUUCAGGUCUGGACCCCAUUCAAGCGCUUCCCCUAUCUGGUACCCACAUUCGCAUGAAGGGUACCCCAGCUAUUCAGGAAGUCUAGCGUCUCCUUUUCUCCCCAUGAGUCCCCUGGAUCACCAUAGCAACAGCCUCUAUGGACAGCACCGCUUCUAUGAAACUCAAAAAGAUCACUUCUACCUGAGAGGCCUUCCUCCUCAGCCACCUCUUCUCUCCACCAGUCACAGCCUUCCUCCAUUGUCCAGGACCGCUUCGGGACACCCACUUGGCUCUUGCAGCCGGGAGACAGACAGCGGGGGAGUUGGUGGCAAGAGCACCAAGGAUAUUGGCGAGAAAAGCAUUUCGUCUGUGUCAAAGGAAAAGGAGCGAUCGAGCAGCAAGGAGAGGCACCAGGAGAGCAAAGACAAACUUAGUCAUCACCAUCUUCAUCAAAUGAGCCCUGCUACCACUCCGUCUGGCCACCACCAACAAGCUUUCCCCCACCCCGCCCUUCUUCCUCACCUCAACCUCCAGGGAAGGGAGGAAGACCACAGACAUGCUGCAGAGCGGUAUAAAGAGUACAGAGACAGUGACUCGGGCAGUCAGGGAGUGAAACAUAUGAGUGCCUGCAAAUUGUCCAUUGGCUCGGGGGCAGAGGCUGGCUCUCGAGGAAAGGCGGGAGCACUAAGUAGCUGCGGUGGUGGUGCGGGUAGACCUCUAUCUGGAGGCAGCAGAAGGUGCUCAAAAGAUGGAUCUAUAAAUGGAGAGAUGAGGAUCAGCGAAUCCUCGACUUCCUCAUCUGAAUGUAUGAGACGGGGGACGGCUGCAGCGACAGCAAUCUUGGCAUCUCCAACUCCCCACUCAGUGGCUUCCUACUCUAUGCCUCCCCCUCCUCCGCCGCCACCACCUCCUCAUGCCUUGCAUAUGGGAUCCACGGUUGCGGGAGGGUGGUUACACCAUGCCCAUCAUCAUCCUCAUCCUGAGUUUUACUGCUCUCCCGCUCCUCUCACACUUACGCCCUCCAAAGAUCCAGUAUCCACACCUGGCAGGGAGGCAAAGGUCAUUGGCCCGACUUAUGUGCCCUCAGUGGGGCCAUUGGGGGACCUGGGCACUCCAGACUGUCGUGGAGCAGGAGGAGGUGGGAGAAAGGCAGAUGAUAAAAGUGGAGAAGGAUCUCAUGAAAGUUUCUCUCAUCACCUUAGUCAACUUAGUAGCUGCCAGAAGAAGGAAAAAUCGCAGCAAUACCAGCAGCAGCUGGGAUACGGCAAGGCUGACAAACCUCCUGACUGGAGUAUGCAGACGCAACACUUCCACAAACAAGGCUCCAACGUCAAUUCUCAGUCAGAACUGAGGUCUUGCAGCCUUGAAACUUCUUCGUCCUUCAGAGAUGUUGAGGUUGUGGACGACGUUUACCGACCCUCGCUUCCGGCAGAUGCCCAGGAGAAAAAGUCAGGUGAACAGGGCUUAUCAAAAAAUUGCCCCGAUGCUAGCACUUCUCCCUUGGGGGACUGUUCCCACUCAGUUUCUGAUGGGAAGAUUGGACCGGGAGCAACACCUUCAAGGGAGGGACAAAAGGUUGCAAGGAUAAGGCACCAACAGCACAGUAGCCACGGAGCGUGUGCAGAAGACAGGGGGAAAGACGGAACUCAGACAGCACUUUCAUGGGGGGCACGAGGGGACCACCAAGAGGACCAGAGAAAAGGUUCGGUUGGUAAAGGUGAAGUAAAAGGGCUGAGCAACAAAGCUCCACACAAUGAUCCCAACCAGCUACAUUCGCAACUGCCUCCACCUCUGUCCUCCUCAUCUGCCGACAGUGAAGGCAGUGCCAUGAAGAACCUAAUGAACUACAGCUCCCAGCAGCCUUUGCUUCUGCCACAGAGGAGCCCCUUUGGAGGUCUAGGCUGCCUCGAGCAGGGUGGAGACAGAUCAGAGAAGGGAGACAGAGGAGGAGCUAAAAGCAGCACCUCCCAGCAGGACCCUCCCAAACAGUCACUCCCUCCUCGCCGAAGCUCCGCUAACGAGGGGCAGAAAAGUGACAGAGGUGGAAAGGAGGCAGGGGAAGCAGGAGAGGGGGAAGUUCGACAGCCUCCAGUGGGUAUUGCAGUCGCAGUAGCCAGGCCCCCCCAUCGUUCCCCAGACAGCACCCCUGGCCACAGCAGGCAAGGCAGGGUACUGCACAGCAUGAAAGGGGUGUCACGCCCUGUGUAUCCUCUUGGUCGGGAGGCUGAGGAGAGGAAGAGGAUCAAUGAGGAUCAGAUCGGUCUUCAUCACCUGGACAGAGACAGAGAAAUGAUCAUCAGGGAAAACAAGGAUUGCAUGGAGUUCGCCAGGAUCCACCCUUCCAGCAGCUGCCACGGGGAUCUGACCUCUCACCUCUUGGUCCCCGGAGGAGCGAGCCAGUUGGGGGCUGAUCCCGCUGCACAUGCUCACCCAGCUCACCGCCACUGGAUGCAGAGAACAGGAAGUCCAUCCCUCUGGAUGGGGCAUUCAUACAGUCUGAGUCAUGUGGGAAUGACUCCAGGGUUUCCUCCAGGUCUUCCCAGCACUCUGCAGCCUGUCUUGGGGUCACUUACCCAAGACCCUAACUCCCCACUAAUGGUUCUUCCAACAGAACCAGGGCCUCAUCACCACCUUGAUGUUCUGGAGCCCUCGGGUCUGUGGCCUCCUGUUUAUGGAGGCAGAGGCCCCCCUCCUCACCUGCAGCAUCACCCAGUUUACUCCCGCCCCUCCUUUCUACGGCAACAGGAGCUGUACGCCCUGCAGCAGCAGCGAGCCAUGGAGCAUAUCCAACGCCAAUCUUUAGGACAAAGAAAACAUGAUGAUAGCACCAUCACCCUGGAAGAUUCAACUCAUCAAUCUCCACCAUCCAGGACUCCCUCUUCUUCUUCUUCAUCCACGUCCACUGCCUCCUCCCAUGCAGCCAAACCCUUCUCUCACACCCCACCUCCACCCAAGACAUCUACACCAUCUCCGGGAAUGUGCCCCACUAGCCGUCAGUCACCCUGCUACCACUCCCCAUCCACGCUUCCGCACCCGCCAAAUCCUCUGACUCCUGCACCGAGCCCUGCUGCAGCAGCUCCCCGGUCCCCAGCCCUCAGCCCUGCUCCUUCACACCUCUCUAAAGGACUGGAGAGGGGCAGUGACAGAGGAGAGGGACAGCCACCUCAGGACUACCCACAAUCCCUCGAGCCAGACUUGCCACCUGUUUAUACUUACCCUCCAAUCACCAUGGGUUACAAGGCCGGGCCCUCGCCUCCAGAGGCUCGACUGGCUGAGCAACCUAUGUUGGAGGAUGAGCCGGCAGAGCCUGACACUAAGUCCCUCCCACACCAGUGCCACAUCAAGCCUCUCACUGUUGAAGUUGAAGAGCUGGGGAAGGAAGACAAUGAGAGGGUCUGUGAAGUGGUGGAAUCCCAGUGUGCACUUACAGAGGAGGCGAAGCAGGAAACAAAAGGCUGCUCGGUCUCUCAGCCUCAAAGUGAGAUUUCUGGAUUGCCGCCAUGCCCUUUCCCAGCUCCAGUCCCAGAUCCAGCCUGCCCAGCCACAGCCACAGGCAAAACCCUAAAAGUAGAGCUCUCCCUGGGUUGCCCGGGCCAGCAGGCUGGCCUGGAGGAGCCCCAGCUACCCAAAGAGCAGGAGAAUGAUAGGGAGGAUGGAAAAGAGGACAUCGAGGGGGAUGAGGGGGAGAAAAUUCAUCCCAAACCAACAGAAUGUACAGUCUCUGUGCCUGAAGAGCCUGGAAAAGUCCAGGCAGAGGAGGAUGGGCACAAAGAAGGAGAGAAUGUAGAGGUAGUGGAGGAUGAGGAGGAUGAUGAGGGGGAUGGGAGAAGACCAAGUGAGGGCUUGGUGAAAUUAACGUGUAGCUCUCCCGCUCCUACCACAUCCGCCGACCCGAUCGUCCCUCCAACGGCAAGUACAGCAGCUCAGCUCCAAGGGGCCUACAUGUGGAGCCUGGAGCUCCUAAUCGCUGCAGCUCUGUGUGCCACCAGAGAUGCCUUGUACCCACCUGUACCUGUUGACCAGGCCCCAUGCCCUUCACCCAACCACGGCAUGGAGAUGCUGGGGGAACUGGCCGAGCUUGAGAUCCAGCAGAGGAGCAGGGCGAGCAAAGCAGGUGAGGAGGACAUGCCGACCUUUGACCUCCACAGUCUGGCGACUCUGGUGGCCGCCCGUGCCCUGGAAGUCGGAGGGGGACGGGUAGAUGUGGAUGCGGAUGGUGCCGUGGACCAGCAGUGUCCAAUCAGGAAGAGGGUGAACCUGCGCAGGAAGUGCAGCUGGACGCCUCGGCACGAGCCGGUGUGCCCAGUGAAGGGCUCCAUGGAGACCAUGGGAGGGGAGGAGCUGGCCAUGCGUGUCCAGCUGGCUGAGCUACAGCGCCGCUACAAAGAAAAACAGAGAGAACUGGCCAAACUACAGAGGAAACACGACCACCAGAAAGAGGAGACAUCUCGAAGCCCUGCUCGCCGGGGGCCCGGCCGCCCCCGUAAGCGCAAGUCCACCCCCGGCCCAGCUGCUGCAGAGAGCUCCAAAAGACUCAGGGCUGGACUGAAUGUACUGGAGGAAAAAGCCAGGAAUUCAAUGUCCAAUCACAACUUCAAAAGCCUCAGCACUGCACAGAUGAAAGCUCGUUGUAAGCACAGAGGUCGACCCAGCGCCCUGAGCUCCAGGCUGGCCAGGCGGGUGACCCAGCUGAAGCAGAAGGCUGCAGCCCAGCGUGGUUCACAGUCAGCAGAUAUGCUGCACAGCAGCGAGAAAGACGCAUCCAAGAGUCACUGCAGACAAGGCGGAAAAGACCUGCAGCAAUCCCACAGCGCCGCUCAAACCGGGAAGAGGAAGAGAGGUCGAAAGCCCAAAGUUCCCUUGGACAUCAACCCUAACAGACCUCACCACAAGGACAGCCGAGUUACUGAGAAGCAUGAAAUAGAUGAUGAGAAGAGUGACAGCGAGAGCUCAGAGCAUGAGGAAGAUGCCAGCUAUGACAGCGAAGACGGAGCCGGUGACAUCAAGAUUAGCUCAUCCUCUAAAGAAGCUCCUGCAAACCCUGCUGGGGGCAUAUCUUUUUCAUCACAGUCCUCCAAGCUGCAAACAAACCAGAAAGCCAGGAGUAGGAGACCAGGACCUCUUGGCAUGGGGAUCUUACCCACCACGGACCAAAGGAGAGCACCCCUCAGGCCAGGCCUCGCCAACACAGAGAGGAGUCGUGCAGAUCACCUGCCGACCAACAGAGCAUCUCCCCUCAGCUGGGGCGUAUUGCCAGUGGGCUGCAGUUUUGGCGACAGCCAUGAAAACCACAGAGCUCUGACUGAGGCGAAGAGGAUCAGCAAGAAAGAUGAGAGGAAGACCUCUGCAGGACAGAGCUUUCGUGGAAAGGAAAAGGGUUAUGCCGUGAGCAGACUUCUGCAAAGCUUCGCAGCUGAUGAUGGCUUUCGCUUGGAUGAAGAGAGUAGCUUCUCUGAGGGAGAGGAGGAUGAAGAAGAGGAGGCCAAAAAGCUGCUGGUUCAUCUUCCUCCCAACAUGCCUUCCAGAAUACCUGCUCUGCCAAACUGUGUGUUAAGUAAAGAGAUGUUGGUAGAUGGACUGAAGAUCCUCAUCUCCAAGGAGGACGAGCUGCUGUAUGCCGCCUGUGUCCAAACUUUGGACCUGCCUGAUAUAUUUAGUGUUGUAAUUGAAGGGGAACGAGGUAAUCGCCCCAGGAUAUACUCGCUGGAGCAACUGCUACAGGAAGCAGUGCUGGAUGUGAGGCCACAGACCGAGGCCAUCCUGACUGCAGGGACGCGAGUGUGUGCCUACUGGAGUGAGCGCUCCCGUUGCCUCUACCCUGGCUACGUCCACCGAGGAGGUCCAGGUGAGGAGGAGAAGGACGGCAGUGUGAUGGUGGAGUUUGAUGAUGGUGACAGAGGAAGGAUCUCCCUUGUGAACAUCAGGCUUCUGCCCCCCGGAUACCAAAUUCGCUGUGCUGAACCCUCUCCAGCGCUUCUGAUCUCUCCUGGACGACGAGGUCGACGAAGCUCCACCCAGGAGAAGAAAGACACAGAAAAACCAACCAAUGAGUCAGAUGGAAGGCCUCAGGAAAAAAGACCAGUUGGUAGACCGAAGAAAAUACAUUCGGUGCCUAAGACUACCAGCACACCGACAUCAGUGACUGACACCAUAACAAAAGGCAGCUCUUCCAUGCUGAACUGGUGCGUUCCCAGGAAGAGACCGCCAGUGGAUUUCUUCCUUUUCAAUGGGACGUCCCGUAAGACCCAGAAAAAGAUCAGAGAGCGAGAUUUGGGGUUAUUUCAUCGGCCUUCCUCCCACUCUUUGGCUCCACCAACCCCUAUCAAAGGCAUCUUUGGCUCUCCUUUUGAAGUUGACUCAUUCAGUAGUAUUGCUAAUGGGUACUCUACCUUUGGAAGUGGUGGAAACUCUGGAUCUGGGAGACCAGUUAACGCAGUAGCCUCCAUGGGGCUCCGGGACUCCUCGUCUUCUUCUUGCUCCUCGUCUGUCACCAUGGGUAUGACAGCUGGGAGCCGGAAGCCAGCGAGUGAACGUGACAGGAAACACUUUCUUGUGAAGUUAGACCACGAAGGAGUGACCUCUCCUAAAACAAAGAAUGGCAAAGCCUUGCUUCGACUAGGGGGGGCUGCAGUGAGAAUAGGGAAGAGCCACGCCUCCACAGGGGCACCGCUGCGAUACAUCCAACCCUCCCUGCUGGUGAAAGAUGGCAAGAAGGGAGGAGGGGAAAGAGACAGUGGCGGGGCCCGCUCUAAGGCUCCUGUAAAAGGCGUUCCACAUCUGAGAAAGGAUCUUCUAUCGGCUGGUCUCGGAGUUCAAGGCGGAGAUUACAGUUUGGACUACCCGAGUGACUGUCCAAGCUCUUACUCGGAGCUGGAUGAGGAUGAUGAGGAUGACGGUCAAGACCCUGACACACGAAGAAGAACUGUCUCGUCCCAUCGGGGUGGUCGUUUUCUGUCUCGUCACGCCAUCUGUUUCUCAUCAUCUUCCUCCUCCUCUUCCUCUUCCGGCUCCAUCUCCUCUUCAUCCCUCUGUUCCUCCGACAAUGACUCCUCCUACUCCUCUGAUGAAGAGUCCUCCUCCGUGCUGCUGCGCCGUGCACUGCUCCAACAGGACAAACAAAAGCACAGACAGAGCAUGAACUCUGAUCUCCUGAGCCCUGAUCUUGCCACCUCCAACUCCUCUCCAUCUUCUUCAUCUCCAGCUCAUGGCUAUGUGACAAAAGCCAACAUGGCCAUGAGCUCAAAGAUGAGAGCCGACAGAGUAGAAGACAGAAAGGACUACGUAUCAAAAGGAAGUAUGAUGAGUAACAGCAGCAGCACAGCUAAGAACCAGUUAAAGAGGAAGGAUGGUCCCAAUACCCACCAUCACAGUCAAAGCAGUGCUGGCCGCCAGCAGCUGAAACCUGCCUCUAAGGACCCGGCAACAGCUAAGAAGCAGAGGAUGUCUUCACCCGAGCCCCUGCCCAACAUGACUCCUCUACUGCCUGGACGCCAGCUCUGGAAAUGGUCCGGCAACCCCACACAGAGGAGAGGUCUGAAGGGUAAAGCCCGCAAGCUUUUCUACAAGGCCAUUGUGCGGGGCAAAGAAACAGUGCGUGUCGGGGACUGCGCUGUGUUCUUGUCACCCGGCCGGCCCCAGCUGCCCUAUGUGGGCAGAGUGGAGAGCCUCUGGGAGUCAUGGAGCUCCAGUAUGGUGGUCAGGGUCAAGUGGUUCUACCACCCAGAGGAGACUCGCCUGGGGAAGCGACACCGUGACGGCAAGAAUGCCUUGUAUCAGUCGAGCCACGAGGAUGAGAACGAUGUGCAGACAAUUUCCCAUCGGUGUCAGGUGGUCAGUAAGGCUGAGUAUGAUCACCUGAUGCGCGAACACAAGCCGGGUACCACGGCUAAUGACCUCUUCUAUCUGGCCGGAACUUAUGAACCAACUACAGGCCAGCUGGUCAGUGCAGAUGGCAUGGCUAUUGUGUCCUAGCACCACCAGCUAGGAAGAAAUCAGAAAACUGACCUUGUCUCCGGAGUUUCUAGGAUGGUUCUUCAGAAGACAACAGGGGGACAAAGACAAAUCAGGACAAAGAACGGAGGGCUUUGGUUACUGAUUUACACGAGAAAAGGCGCUAGCCCGCCAGAUAAAGCCUGGCAACACUGGCACUUAAGAGGAGACUGGUUUGUUCCGAGGAAAAAUCUGAUCGACGUCAAAUUUAACCACUUUAUCAGAGCAUCUUGUAAUUGUGGCGAGAUCGCUGCAAAACAAGUAGAAAAACCAAGGACAUGAGCACUUUGGAGUGUAGUAUUUCUGGAGGCAUAACGGAGACUUGGCUUCCUGAAACAAAGAGAGCAGCAGAGAGCGUCUGCUAAGGAGAGACAUGCUGUAAACCACACUGGUUUGGAUGGUUUUAAUGGUCUUAUACUGGUAGUGUAACUACAACGCGGAGAUUGAAAGAUAUCCAACAGGACCAAUAAACACUGUAGUUUGGACUGUGUGUUUAAAUGUGCGUAUUUGUGUUUGCAGAGUGGCUGCGAUGACCCUGUUUGACAUAUAAUUAGCUCUAAGUAAAUAGUGCUUUAGCGUGUGUUUAUACUGUACGUGUGUGCGCGUGUGCGUGCGUGUGCGUAUGUGUGUGUGUGUGUGGUCAUGGACGGGUGUGCUCAUACAGCAAAGAUGUCGACGUCAUGGCACACGGGUGGGCAUGCCUCUGAAUAUUAAUCAGCCCAGUACUAUUAAACGUGCAGUUUUCAGUCUUUGCGACUGAAACACAACAUUAAAUUUUUUUGCUCUUUUCAAGCCAUACACAUCAAUACCUCUCUCUCUCGCAUGCCCCUGCUCGGGUGCGGAGACACAUGUACAGGUAGUUGGAUUGUUUAUUUGAACUGUGCGUGCAUGUUGGGUGUGCGUUCAUAUGUGUGCGUGAGAGCGCGCCUGCGCUUUGUACAGCAUUAUGGGAAGGAUUACAUGAUGUAAAUAGUAUAUAUUUGUUCUUAUUUCUUGUUUUUCUUUUUGCAGAGAAGAUUAUUUUAUUUAGAUUUUUUUAGGGUGUGUGGGUGAGUCUGGGGUGGGCGGGGGGUGGGGAGGGAUGUCAGCCUCUAGCAGAGGUUUCUUCGCUCUCAAUGCACUGAACAGUAUCAGAUGUUUGGAUUGGACAUCAGACUGUAUGACUGAUGUGAUGACUUUGUGGUUGUAGCCUCUGCUUUAGGCAAAGGGUAAAUAUGUAGAAAGGGUAUUUGGGAAAUUUUUUUUAUAAUGUAAUCAGACAAAAAAGCUCUUUUUACUUGUGUCCAGUUCUUUCUUUCUUUUUUCUCUUUAUAUUUUACUCCGUUAGGUUAAGAAUGUGCAUUUCCUUGUUUUGUUUUGUUUUUCAUUUGUAUUUAAUUUUUUUUUUUUACAAAUACUGGAAAAAGCAAGCUGACUUUCUGCUGUUCUGCGAUCCUGAAAGAAUCUUCUGUAUCUAUUCUAGCCUGUAUUAUAAAAUGUAGAUAUUUAUCCGGCAGCAAAAAGAAACAUACCAAAGCACCUGUGAGUUUACGCUUCACCACAUUAGAAGAAGGAGGAAAAAAGGAAGAAAGAAACAAUUUUAUGAAAGACGCUCAAUCAAAUCUGAAUCUGGGACCUCUGCAAUCACCGAGGUAUUCGACAGAGUUCCCUCUUGUUGUCCGCUCGCGUACAUCCGGCGUUGCUAUGACGGCCCCUGUUGCAGCAACAUUGUCUGCACACCGCCCGGCUGAUGCACUUGAGGUCUCAAUGGCAACCAGAAAUGGCGUCACGUGACUGUGAAGGACAAUCAGAGCCAAUCAAUCGGACAAUGCCGAGGGACAAAAAAAACAAAAAAAACAAGGAUCCAAUCAUGACUUAUGCUUCUUGUCACUUUUAUUCCUGCUUUGCCAAAAAAUGUCUAUAUGUGUGUGUGUGUGUGGGUGUGUGUGGGCGUGUGUGUGUUGUCUUUUGUCUUUUUAUGUUUGUUUGUUUUCGUCAUUUACCAUUCUGUUCUUGUUUAUGCAAGCCUGUGCUGGCUGUCUGUGUGUCGGAUGUAAAGGGGGAAGAACAUGAAUGCAACCCCCCCCCCCCCCCCCCUCCUUUUUUUUUUUAACUGACUUUUAACAACAUUGUUCCUGUUACACUGCAAAGCAAAAGCUUUAAAUGGAAACUAAUGUGAAACUCAGUUUGGAAAUAUUACUUUUAUGGGUCUUUAAUUUAAAAAAAAAUGAAAAAAGAGAGAUUUAAAGCUUUUCUUUAAGAAACACUGGAUUCAGUUCUAAACAUCACAUUUUGACAGAAGCAACUUUUGUUUUUGUUCUUUCUUUUUAUAGACCCACUGGAACCUGUUUUGUAUGGUUGAGAUUGCCUACUAAAAUAUAUUAUGUGAUUUCAGUCAUGCUAUGGAAAUAUAACUUAAAUAUUUCCUCAUGUACAAAAAGAAAAAAAAAUAUUUAUCUUAAUUUUAUUGCCUUUUUUGUGUUUCAUUAAAAA